CACAACUCAUUUCAAGUAUAAUCACACAUGAGAAACAAGUUUUUACACAAACCCACUUCCAAAAUCAUUAGAUAUGACUCACAACACAUUUUUGAGCUAAAACACACAUAUUACGCCCCAAAUCGACCACCACAAGUUUAGAUUUAUAACGGGGAAGUAUUCUACAAUGUACAAGGAACAUUUCAAGCUAUAAAACACUUACCAUUUCUUCCUACAACCUCAAAUUCGGAUUUAGGGCUCAAACUUAGAUGAACACCUUAAAACUUGGAAAUUCUUGGAUAUUGGAUGAUCAUUAUUACUAGGGUUGUAUGACUAGGUUAUUUUAACAUCAACAACACAAAAUUUUGGGAUUAAAUGGUGAAUUUAUGAUGAUCUUGGAUGGUAGAUGGGAAAUUUGGGAGAGAAAUAAAUGAGAGAGUGAGAGAGAGAUGUAAGAAAUGAGUGGAUGGUUAGGAGGGUGAGAGGUGUAAGACUUUGGUUGGGUCAUGGGUAUGGGUCUAGGAUAUGGGUUGACCCAUGGAUAGUUCAUUUACCUACUCAAUCUAGUUACACCACAAGUUAGCAAUCGACCAUUACAUUAACGACCAUUCGAUCUCAUAAAACACCUCGAAUAUCAUGCAAACACAACUUGACUAAAAACGAUCAUUAUAUAUAUAUAUAUAGGGUAUACAAAUGCAUAUUCACCUUCAACACAAUUAAAUCAUAGCCAAACUCGAUCAUAUAUAGAGUAAAUGAUCAUCAUUAAUCAAAUGUAGACAAAACUAACGGGUCAACAGAAGUCAAAUUUCUCGAAUGUUACAUUUAUAAUCAAUAGCCCCAGAAUCUUCUUUAUCAGUUGAAUACAAAUCCGGUGAGAUCGGCACUGUUUCCGGUAUGCCCAAUGAAAAUCUUAAAUGCAGGGUUCUUAUAUAUUCGCCUGCUCGAACAGCGUCACAGCAAGGAGCUGGUAAAGUUGGAAAGUGGAAGAUCAAUUUCUUAUCCACACAAAAAUGGGAAAAUCCUUUGAUGGGAUGGACAUCCACUGGGGAUCCGUAUGCGAACGUUGGCGACGCUGCACUCAGCUUCACUAGUGAAGAAGAUGCAAAAGCAUUUGCAGAAAGACAUGGUUGGGACUAUACGGUUAAGAAGCACCACUCACCCCUUCUAAAGGCAAAGGCAUAUGCUGACAACUUCAAAUGGAAGGGACUACCAAAAACACAAGAGAAUUGAUGAACAAAUCAAGUCUGAGCUUGUGUUUUGGUGCUGGAAUAGCCUUCUUUGAUUUUAAUAAAUCAGACUGUUUGGUGUAUUUUUCCUAAUUUCUUUGCACUUUGUACGGCAAAUCAUGGUACAAAACAUAUAUACUUUUAAACACAUUUUUCGUUCGUGUAACAUCAUUGGCAUAAAUCAAGUCACAUUAGCACCUGAAUCA